CUAAAAUAUCUUUUUUUCGGUGUCCUGGUUUGAAUGUUGAAGACAUUUUAAAUAGUUCAAACGAGAUUUUCGAUAUUUUGCGAUUUAAGCCAAUCACCUACUUAACUAUUAAUAUCCUGAAAUUACAUUCUACAAAGUUACCGACUUAAAACCUUGACACCAUCUAAACUACGAAAUUGUCCACUGAUAGUACAAAAGCAGAAGAAUAACCACCAAGAAAAUAGACUAAACUUAACAGAAAGAAUGACGUAAUUAUAUGAAAUAAAACGUCUUUUAUUCAUAGAAGUGUUAAUAUAAUGUCCCUUCAUGGUUUUUAUGGUUUUAUAACACUUUUCUCACUAUGUGUAACGACUGAAAUACCAAUAUUCUUUUUGAACCCAGAAUGAACGAACCAAAGUUUAUUCGAUUAGUCCAGAUUACGUUCUUCUGUAUAGCGUAAGAAGCCUUUUUGAGUGACUCAUAUUAAAUUAUAUUGAAACACAAAUUCUGUGUUCAAUUUUAACGAUUCCAAUUUGAGGAAGUAAACACAUUGUAUCAAAAGUACAAAAUGCAUCAAAAAGUACAGCCUGUGCUGUACAGUCAAGAUUUUCUCUAACACAAGCUAGUGUGCAUAACGACCUUAUUGUCAAUGGUCCAGUAACAUGCAGCAGUAAGUGAAGUAAUCAAAGGUAAAUAUUUAACUAAGACGAAAUGACAAAGUACACGAUAAGGAAGACUGAAGAAUGUAGAGUGUAGUUGAAACGAGACCUGAAUAAAGGUUGAAAUACAAGACAGAUAGAAGAAACAAAUAAAUGACAAUACUGUCCAAUGAAAUUCUGUGGGGGAGUUUUCAGCGUUUUUUCUUCCCGUUACAUUAUGUGUUACUUAUCGAUUGUUGCUGUCUAGAUGUAAUAGUUUUAGGUAACCAUCACCUAGAAUAUUGCCAUUGCAUAUGGUAUUCUAGCAUGCGUUUUGAGAGCCUGACACAGUCACACACAAAAGAUCCACAUUAGCAAUUUUUAAUAAUCUCGAUGGUUCUCCUUAACACACAACACCUAUUAAUUGAAAAAUCAAGGGAAGUUAAUGUCUGUGGCAUAAGUGUAGGUGUGUGUGUUUGGAGGCGGUAGAAGACAUCAGCUUAGUCUACAAAUCUGUAUUUUUUUCAGAGGUAAAGUAUUUUCUGAUGUAUUCUAUAUAAGCAGUGUGGCUUAAAUUAUAAUAUUUGUUUUGUCCACUCAUAUUAGGUAAUGGAACAACUUCACUGCAGCUUAAUGGUCAUUCAACACAUGGGUCGUCGAAAUCGAGUAACACCUCUGGAGUUUUAAUUCCUUUAAUGAUUGGUUGGACUGCUGGAGCACCAAUUAGCAGUUCCAUUCGUGAACAGUGGGACUACGUAAUAAAUAAUUGGGAUCAAUGUUCGAAAAAGAAAUCCUAUGUGUCUGAUCUUAUUAAGAAAGGUGUUCCUGAUGAAUUUCGUCCAUUAAUUUGGCAACUAUAUUGUGGAGCUUAUGAUUCAGCUGUUAAAAAACAUUAUCAUAAUUAUCUGUUAGUUGAUUCACCGGUUGAAAAAGCCAUCCGACGUGAUAUUGCACGUACAUUUCCUAAACAUGAUUUAUUUAAAGAUGAGAACGGUUGUGGUCAAGAAAGCUUAUUCCGUGUAAUCAAAGCGUAUUCAAUUCACGACCCAGAAGUGGGCUAUUGUCAAGGCUCAGCAUUUAUUGUUGGAUUAUUAUUAAUGCAGAUGCCUGAACUUAAUGCAUUCGCUGUACUUGUUCAAUUAAUGAAUGAUUAUCGACUUCGUGAAAUGUAUAAACCAUCCAUGAUGGAACUUGGUGUUUGUAUGUACCAGUUAGAACAAUUAAUUGCUGAUAAUUUGCCCGACUUGUAUACGCAUUUUCGUACACAAUCAUUUGCACCAAGUUUAUAUGCAUCAGCAUGGUUUUUGACAUUAUUCUCUACUAUUCUACCUAUACCAUGCGCUACACGUGUUAUGGAUUUUUAUAUUGUUGAGGGCCUUCAAUUUAUAUUUAAAUUGGCUUUAUCAAUCUUGAAAUUUUCUGCUGACAAUUUGUUAAAAUGUGAUAUGGAGUCAAUGGUUGCUUUCCUUCAACAUGAAGGACCAUUAGCGUGGGAUAAAUAUUCGACUACUAUAUUUGAAAAUGCUUGUUCGCUUAAAUUGAAUACAAAGAAAAUGAAAAAAUUAGCGAAAGAAUACAUGACAAUGCGUAGUCAAGAACGAGAGGAACAAAUUGAAUUACGUCGUCUUCGUACGGAAAACGGAUUAUUAUUACAACGUUUAGCUCGUUUAGAAGAGGAAAGUGGAAUAAUGGCUGAUCGUUUAGUUAAAUGUCAAUUAAUUCGUGCACAAGAAGCUGAAACUACUAUUGCAUUACGUUGUGAAUUAUCUAUAUUAAAACGUGAAUAUGCUAAUUUAAAUUCAAAUUCUCAUUUAAUAAAUAAUGAAAUUAUGGAAAAUAAUAAUGAACAACAUAAAUUAUUAUUGGAAUCAGUUACAAUGAAUAAUGAUGGUGUACUACCAACAAAUGAGAAGACAGUAAAUACCACUAUUAUCAACACGAAUACAACAAUCUCAAUGGAUAAACCAACAAUUACAAAUCAGAAUUCUAUUAACAAUGCUACAAUACAUCAAUCACUUGUUAAUGGUUACUCAUCACCUACUUAUAAUCGUCAGAAUAAUUAUACUACUAAUCAUACUACUAAUAAUGAUAAUAAUAUUUAUUCUUCAUUAAAUGAUCAACAACUAAAUAAUUCUUAUGAUUUUUGUACAUUACCAAGAUCAAGAAAUCGUGAUUAUCAAACAAAAAGUAUUAAUCAUAAUGAAAUAAAAAAUGAUGAAUUAUUAUCAACAACUGUUAAUCAAUUACAAACAGAUUUAGUAAAUUCACGUUUUAAUGAAGCGGAUGCUAAAAAGGUGUUACAUGAAUUACGAUGUAAAUUACAUGAAUUAGAAGAGUCAAAAUCGGAUCAAUCCCUUCGAUCAACUGAACAAAUUGCUGUAUUAAAAGAUGAAUUAUUUGGUGCAAAACUUCGAGAAACAGAAUUAAUUAAUCAAAUUGAUGAGUUGAAAAGAAGAUUUGAUGAUUUAAAUUCACUUUGGCAGACACAUCUUGGGAAAUGUAAAGGUGUUAACAAUGAUACAAAACGUUCUUCACUUUGGAUUGGUUCUUUAAACUCACUGGAUGCACAUGAGACGAAUUUUAAGAUGAAAUUUUCUGACCGACUACUUGAAACACGAUUUGUCAAUCAAAUUAGUAGUUUAAAACAACAGAUUACUGAUUUAACUGUACAACAAGAAUUAUCUGAUCGUCGAGCUGAUCGUUUAGAUAAACGUGUCACUGAACUACUCGAAUCACGUACAGCAUUUCAAGCAAGAGAACGUGAAUUAACAUUGGAAUUAAAGCAAUUAGAACAGAAAUGUGCCGAUAUAGAAGCGAAGCGUAAAGCCGAUGGUGUUAUGUGGCGUAGUCGUGAAAUGGAAUUCAAAACUCAACUAGCUGAACGUAAACAAGGUUAUUUACAAUUAGAAUAUCAAUAUGAAAGUUUACUGACAUCACAAAGUCUUCAAUCGAAAACGGAUAAUCAUGAAUUGAUGCUAAGGAAAUCAUCAUUAGAUUCUGAUAAAAUAUUAGAAAUGGCUAAUAACACUAAUAGUACUGUUGAACAUAAUGGUAGUAUGAGUAGUGAUAAUCAUAAUAAUAAAAAUAAUGCAAAUCGUUUUACACUUGGUAGUUAUUUAAAAUUUACUCAACCAAAUCCUUCAUCUAUUCCAUCACAUUCCACUGUAUCUACACCGAGACCAACAAUGGACAAGAAAAUAUUAAAUAAUGAAACAUCAUAUUGUCCUAUCAAUUAUGAAUUAUAUUCAAUGUGGAAAGAUUUACCACCAGCUGUCAUGACUGAAUCAAUUGGUCCAUUAGAAGAUCUUUGUCUUAUACCAGAUGAUCCAAUGAUUACAAGUGUUUAUUUGAAUUCAUCUUCAUCAGCGACGUCAGCUUCAACAACAACAACGACAACAUCUCCACCAUCAACUCCGCCAUCUGUUGUAUCGAAUAAUCAUUUCUAGUCGGUUUUUAAUGCUCAUUGGCUUUCAUGAUACUUUUUGGUUAUACUGCUAAUAUUAGUAAUAUUUAUAUUUACAUACAAUUACAUUAUAUACAUUCAAAUAUCUGUUGUUGUCUACUGUUUAACAUUUGUAUAAUUUACUUCAAGUGUAGUUGAGGAGCUUUUGCUUUCUCCACUCUCUCUCUCUCUUUCUCUUACAACUAAUCUACCUUCAUAUUGUACUUUGCAACUCCACUAUUAAUCAUAUGCUUAUAACAAUAUUUUGGUAUUUAAAUGUAUUCAAUUGUUUAUGGCAAUAAAAUAUAACACAUCUACUAUUGUGUAUCAUAACUGUAAAUUGUAAAUUAUACCUCAUUAUCUUUCCUUUUUAUUUUUCAAUAUUCAAUUAUGUUUCUUGAUUAUUUUUUUUUCUUUUCUGAUUUAUAAAUUCUGAUUGAUUCAAGUUUUGUUUUUGUUUUGCUUUUUCUUUACUUAAAAAUAAAUUAUAUAGUCUUUCAGAUACUACUUAUAUUAUGUAUUACAUACUUACUUAUUUACGCCUGUUACCCCAAGUCGUGGAGGAGCAUAGGCCGCUCACUAGCAUUCUCCAUUUAACUCUGUCCUGGGCAAUCCUUUCCAGUUGUUAUUCAUCUUUUUCAUAUCUGUUUUCUAUUUCUCAGCGUAAUGUGUUCUUUGGCCUUCCUCUUUUCUGUUUCGUUUCCGGAUUCCAAGUUAUGGCUUGCCUUGUAAUGCACAUUGGUAAUUUCUUUAAUGUAUGUCCUAUCCACUUUCAAAGUCUUACUUAUAUUAUGUAUACAUAUGCUUAUAUGUUCAGAAUUGAGCUGGUGGAGAAGAUUUGUAGCUCAGGUGGGUGAUUUUGAUAUAGGUUUGUUCUCUGAAACCAUCCAGCUCAGAGAACAAACCCACAUCAAAAUAUGUUCAGAUUGUUUGAAAAUGUUUUCUCUUUUUCUUCUUCUUUUUACUUCAUCACUGUCCUUUCUUAUUGUUGAUCAACGUUUUCUAAAGACGUUUCCAACUGUCACUAUCAUUGUAUCUUCACCUACUAGAUUAAAUUCUUUGGCAAUAAAAGAGUAUAAUUCAUCUAUCUAUACAUAUAUACAUUUUUUUUGGCUUCGGCAAUUACAAAGUCAUUUAUCAUGAUCACUGAUUUGUGUACAUUAAGUUUAAUAUCAGUAUAUAGAUAUAUAUAAUCUGUAUAUGUUUAUAGUUGCUUGCCUUUUUUUUCGCAUGACUUUAACCCCGGUUUGUGAAUAUAUUAUGUAACUACUACUAACUGCUGCUGCUCAUUAUGUGAUCGGUGAUCAUAAUGAUAUUGUUCCAACUUUUAUCAUCAUCAUCAUCAUCAUCCCCCUCCUCCUUAAUUUAUAAAAAAGUAUCUGCUAUGCAAAGAUGAUUUUUCUUCAAUGAAGGUCCAAUGAUUACCUUGGUUUUACUUUUUUUGGUGUGAUAAAAUAUUUUUUCUAGAUGUGUAUCCACUAUAUUCAUUUCAAGAUUAGAUAAUCUUAUUAUUAUUAUUCAUCAAUCAUUCAUGGUUGUUGUUUCCCCCCUUUGUUUAUAUUAUUUACCACUUUAUAAAUUCUUAAUUUAAAAGAAGGGGGGGAAUUUUGCUUCGAAUGCAUUUAUCAAGUAAUACAUUACAUGUAUAUCUAUAAUGAUUCUGAAUAGUUGCUAUGUGUAUAUGUCUUUUUGUUCAAUAUAUGUAUUUUGUUUCUUGUUACUAAUGUUAAUGAUUUCUUUAUUUAAAUUAUAAACAACCUUUACAUUAUCAUCAUUAAAACGAUAUUUUUUUUUGUUUUCUGGAAGAAACCAUUGAUGAUUAUGUAAUCAUUUGACUCUUUAUUAUAUCUUAGAGUAAAUGUUUAAGAGAAAACGAUUUUUUUUCUGAGAAAACAAGAAAUUAUUGAUUAUGAAAUGAGUUUC